AUGGAGGAACCUGAUGAGAAACUGAGUAAAGAAGAGAAUAACCAAGGGACACAGCAGAACCCACUCUCCACCCCUGACACCAUUACCCACUGCUGCUCCCCUUGCUGCCAGCCUAUGACUUGCUUCAGGGCCACCUGCUGCCAACCCAUCUGCUGCAUGUCCAGCUGCUGCCAGUCUUGCUGCUGCCCCAGUUGCUGCAAUACAUCCUGCUGUCGACCUAGCUGCUCCUGCUGUGUGACCACCUGCUGCAGGACCACCUGCUGCCAACCAGCCUGUGUGACCAGCUGCUGUAGCACACCCUGCUGCCAGCUCACCUACUGCAGCUCCAGCUGUUAUGGCCAAACUGGCAGUGGGUCCAGCUGCUACCAACCCAGCUCCUGUGCACCCAUGUACUGCAGGAGAACCUGCUACCAGCCCAUGUGUGCCUUCCUGCCUGGUUGCCUNAACCAGAGCUGUGGAUCCAGCUGCUGCCAGCCCUGCUGCCGCCCAGCCUGCUGUGAGACCACCUGCUGCAGGACCACCUGCUGCCAGCCCACCUGUGUGUCCAGCUGCUGCCAGCCUUCUUGCUGCUGAUCAACUCCCAAGAAAACCACCAUCCUCACACAACAGCCUUCUGCUCAACUGACUUAUCUUUUGGGGAACUAAUUUACUUUGCUGCUGACCGCCACCAUGCUCUCACCCAAAUUUUUAUGAAUUCUCUCCAUGUUUAAAAUCUUUUGAAUCAGCUUGAGGGAAGGCAGAGUACUUCAUCCUGAUUCUGUUUUUCCUUACACCUUGUGGAUCAUGUGCCAGGUUUCUGUGUCUUCAGUUUGGAGUCAUGGUCUCAGCUUUGACUCUAAAGUCAAGAGCUUCAUUCUCUGCUUCUCAGAAAUUUAGGUUUCUGCAACUGAUCCAUAAUCUUUGCAGUUAUAAUUUUGUCUUCAAUAUCCUCCUCAUUGUUCUUGUAUCUUUCUUUCUUCUUUUCAUGAUAACUUUGGGUCAUGUUCCUGGUAGCAGAGAUUCUUGCCUACAUGUUUCUGAAUAAACUCUGAACCAUCCUCAUCUCA